AUAGAGCCCUACAGCCGCUUCGCUUAAGCCCGCGGUGCGCAAGCGCGCGACAUCUCCGUUUCCCUCCCUCAGCCCCUUCCCCCCCUCCUUUCCCCUUCACGAAGCCGGCUCCGGGGCGCGCUCACCCCUGUGAGGAGGCCGGAGGUCGGACUCAAGAGGCUCCUCCACUCCCGGAAGAUCAUGUACCAACCCAGCCGGGGUGCGGCUCGGCGUCUCGGCCCCUGCCUCCGCGCCUACCAGGCUCGACCCCAGGUGAUUUGAAGGGCAGGGGCGGAGAGAUUCGCAGCCCGGCCUCGGCGCCGCCCCAGAAAUCCGCGGCCCAGAGCAGACCCGCGGGGCACCCACAGCAGCCCGCGCAUCUUGCACCCGGAGAGCGGUCCUGGCAGGAAGGCCGGCCAGUGUGCACCCGGUUCGGGCCCGUGCGCCGGGGCUGGCAAGAUGGCCACGCCCCCAGCAGAGACGGCGCCUCUGGGACACCGUCGGGGACCGAGGACCAGCUUUCUCCAGGGAGUCUACCAUUCCCACUCCUUUGGCCCCCCUCCACAACAACCACUUCCCCAUCUUAUCCUCUACUCUGGUCUCCUCUGCCCCCACGGCCUCCCACCCAGCGUCUUCCCCAGGCUCCCCCACUACCUCUCCUUCAGAUCCAGGCCCUCAACUCAGCAUGGGUGGCUCUCCCUCUAAGAAAUGGGGAGGAGGGACCAGAACCUGAGUUGCAUAGCGGCUGCCUGGAUGGGCUUAGAAGCCUUUUUGAGGGACCUCCCUGCCCCUAUCCUGGGGCUUUGAUACCUUUCCAAGCCCCUGGAACUGCCCACCCUUCCCCCACCACCCCAUCAGGAGAUCCUAGUAUGGAGGAACAUCUGUCUGUCAUGUAUGAGAGACUGAGACAAGAGCUUCCCAAUCUCUUCCUUCAAUCCCACGACUACAGUCUGUAUUCCUUGGAUGUGGAAUUCAUCAAUGAGAUCCUCAACAUACGUACCAAGGGCCGGACAUUGUACAUUCUUUCACUGACCCUCUGCCGUUUCCUGGCCUGGAAUUAUUUUGCACAGCUUCGUUUGGAGGUUCUGCAGCUGACCCGCCACCCUGAGAAUUGGACCCUGCAAGCCCGGUGGCGGCUCGUAGGGCUGCCUAUCCACUUGCUCUUUCUGCGGUUCUACAAGCGUGACAAAGAUGAGCUUUACCGGACCUAUGAUGCCUACUCCACUUUCUACCUGAAUUCCAGUGGCCUCAUUUGUCGCCAUCGCCUAGAUAAACUGAUGCCUUCACACUCACCUCCAACGCCGGUGAAGAAGCUGCUAGUGGGAGCCCUGGUGGCUCUGGGGCUGUCAGAGCCAGAACCUGACUUAAACCUGUGUUCUGAGUCAGGUUCUUUGGCUUUGGAGUGGGAGCAGCACUGAAGACUGCUAUGCCUAAGAGAAGGACAUAGAGGCAGCCAAGAAUCUCAGGAGCCAGCUUCCUCUCCUCUCUCUCCUUCCUUCCUUUCCAUCUCAUGCUGUGUAAAGCUGCUGUGUAAUUUAACUUGUAAAUAAUAAAGUUUAACUGACUAUA